CCGUCUGUUAUAAGUCGAUCUAUGACAGCCAAGGACGCUUGACAAGUUAAUAGUGUCGGAACAAUUUAGCUAAACAAAAAACGAAGUCAGUGUAUAUGCGUUUCAGACAAAUCCCUGUGUUCGUAUUUUGUUACUGGUGUUUAUGAAAAUAGUUUGGUUUUUUUUAUUAAGCGGUGCAUUAUUUUGUCGACGUUUAUGAAAACAUAAGUACGAAAUGCGGCAUAUUCAAACACCGUAUGUUACGUAUAAUUGUUGACAAAUAUCCCCCAAAUACACGACGUAAGGUGGAAAAAUCGACAUUUCCCCUUUAUUUAUGCUUUCGUAUACAAAAGCACACUGGAGGAUUCGCUUUGUCAAUGCCAAAACAAAACCUUACUGUCUCAGUAUUGUUCAAAAGUAUGAUUAUGAAAACUAUCUGUGUUCACUGUUGCUACCUGGUUCAAGACGUAACUUUGCUUUGGCCUUAAGAGCUUUCAACGUGGAACUGGCUCAAAUAUGUGACCGAUCGGAAAAUCUGGCACAAGCUAAAUACCGGUUCCAGUUUUGGAGGGAGAUUAUAGAACAUCUAUUUGAUAGCUCCAAUGAUUCGUCACCACACCACACUCCUCUCGAACGGGAGCUCAAAGAAUCAGUUUCAGGUCUGGUAUUAUCAAAACAACGCUUCUAUCAGCUCAUCAAUUCAAGGGAACGACACUUCAAUAAUGUUUUCUUUCCUACUUGCAAAGCAGCUGAAGCGUAUUUUGAUGAUGUCUAUGUCCCGAUUCAUUGUCUACUAUCUGAGGCUUAUGGAUUUGAAAUGACUUCAUUGAACCCAUUACUAAAUCACUUUGGACGAGCUCAGGGGAUGGUGAAUAUGUUACGUAGUUCAGUUUUAUUAGCUCAACAUAAGAAUGUUCUACUAUUUCCUUUGGAUUUAAUAAAUCAAGUAUGUUCAUCAACAAGGUGAAUAUUUGCAUUCUUAAUUUUAAAUGUAAUUACUAAACUGUUUAUAGGCGUGGGUGCAUAACACAUUUUGGGGAAUAAAAAACUGGGUAUUCUAUGCAAAAAUCUGUUACGCAUCAUUCAAACUCCAACAAUAGUUUGGUCCUCUUCGUAGUUGUUAACUUAGCACAAUAACUAGAAGGCCAAACCAAACUAUAUUGAUUGAAACACUUGUUCUCUGGAUUUCCUUUAUCUCAGACAAGUUUAUAUACUUACAUUUGAGUCAUGGUGUUUAUAUAUGAACUGGUGAUAUUACCUGGCUGAUCAAAUCAAAUUAGGUGGGGUGGGAUCCGAGCUUGUGACCUAAUAAAUGAAACUAAAAUGCUUGAACUAUUCAACUAUUUUCCUGCUUCAUGUUGGGUUCGUUUGAAGUGGGCAAGUAUGCGAUGUCGGAAACGCAUCGCCAAUCGGUUUUUAUAAGUUUGAAUAUACAUAAUCUCAUACGAAAACCAUAAUAAAGGACCUACUGAAGUAUUUAUUCAUCAGAUAAUAUGAUUUCCUUAUAAUUUAUCAUGUUAGGCUUCACUUUAAAGUUUCUGGAGUUAACACAACUGGUUUUAAAAGUAUUUGGUUUGUGUAAUAUCAACCUAUCGCAAACCUCGGUCAAACAGAUGCGUCUAUCUCCUCUUUUUAUUUAUCUUACUCUGAUGUGUAGUUAAGGUUCUGUUAAUUUGAUUAGUGACUUUUUUGCAAACUUACACUUUCAAGCUGCUCCUUACGUCGUCAUUCUUAUUUGUGGUUGUUAUGACAAACCCAUCAUCGGAUUAAGUUAUAACAAAAUUCUUCCUACUUCAGGGUUCUUUUAGAUCAUCCUCCUCUUGUUAAGCUUUUUGUCCGGCAAAGAGUUCGUGCUCUGGUGUCUUUUAUAUUGCUAUCCAAGGAUUUUUGAAGAAAGUAUAUUUCCCACGUUUGUUUGAAGAAAGCCAACUGCAUAGUCACUUAUUCUUUUUUACUUCUAAUACCUCGGAAAUGUUGAUGGGUUUUUGUACAUGCUUCGUGUUCUCCAUCUGUUUCGUUUAUCACUAUGAUUGAGAUUGCCAGAUCUUAUGAUGUAAAUAUCCACAACAUAUCAAUAUUUUUUAUAAGUCUGUUAACUACUUUACUAGUCAUGAUUACGUUUAAGAAAGUUAUUAGCAUUUAUGGUCCUUCAGUUCUAAAUCAUAAUUGAAGGUUGUAGAUAAACCUAAUAUAUUCUAAAAGUAAUAACUCAACGUUAUUAUUGAGUCAAACUUCAGGUCGAUAAUUGGGACAGGAUUUUCUCAAGACAAAUAAGUUAUUCCAAUCUUGUGUAUAGGCACUCUAAUUAAUUAUAUUACUCAUUGUGUUGUCUUACUCUGACUUAAAAGCGGCAUUUGACUCUGUAAACCAAAAGGGUCUGUGACUGUCUUUGAAAGGUGAACCUCAGAAACACAUAGACCUUGUGAAGGCUCUUCACUCGAACACUAUCAGUCGAGUAAGAGCUUAUUGCGAACUGUCUUCUGAUUUUGCAACCUCAAUUAGUGUCCGACAAGGCUGUCCACUAUCCAUUUCUGUUUAAUUUCACUAUAGACCUACUACUGCAAAUAACUACCUCGUCGACUGGAUUUUUAUGAAUUGACCUCCUUCCAGGAGGUCCACUUACUGGCUUAGAAUACUCAAAUAAUAUAUUCCCGUUUGAUGAAGACGUUGAUAAAACCCAGGGUCUUUUGGUAGCACUGAGCAACAAUUCUAGGUUGUUUGGAAUGCGUUUCUCCCCCUCUAAAUGCAAGCUCUUGUUUCAGGACUGGCCUGCCUCGACAUUUGAACUAAGUACAGGGAGUGGAUAGUCGAACGUGUGGACGAUCCCAUUUAUCUUAGGACCCUGGUCAGCCCUAAUGGGUUGGUGUCUGAAUAAAUCUCUUCACGGAUUCAGAAAGCUCAUUUGGCUUUUGCCAGCUUACGUGACCUAUGGCGAAGGCGAGAUAUCCCUCUACCAAUUAAGGGACGAGUAUACUGCGCGGCAGUUUGUUCUGUUCUACUUUACAGCUGCGAAACGUGGCCAUUAAGAGUAGAAGAUACUCGUAAGUUACUAGUCUUUGAUCACAGAUGUAGAAAUAUUGCUCGCAUCUGCUGGGAUUACCAGGUAAGUAAUAGUGAGGUUAGAUGCAGGGUAUUAGGAAAUGAUAGUAAACCAGUUGGUGAGGUUGUAAAUCUUCAUCGACUGAGAUGGUUGGGCCACGUGUUGCGUAUGCUUGAACACCGAUUAUCACGACGCGCAAUGCUGACCAGUGUUGGGGAUGGCUGGAAGGAAGUUAGGGGCGGCCAAACCAAAAUGUGGCAUCAGUCCUUGAAGUCACUAACUUCUGGUCUUAGCCAUGUUGGUAGAUGAAGACUACUUGAUUGGGGCCCAUGAGACUAUCGUAACCAAUGGUUGGAGACUCUUGGUGGCAUGGCUGAUAAUCGAUCACAAUGGCGUCAGUGUGUACAAUCUUCGUCUUCUCUUAAACUGUGAGAUUAAAAUUGCAUUAUACCCUUCUUUCUAGGAACUAAUUCUUUCUUCCUGUAUUGUAUCUUUAUACACAAUCUUUCUUUUAUAUAUUACUACCAUUGAGACAACUACUUCCAUGAAUCCGGUGUUCAUCAUGUUGUGUUAAUGAAAUGUGGCAACUUGGGCCGACGCGUAUAUGUGCCUGUUCCUACGUUGUAGCUGACUGACUGAAGUAAUAUAUUGAUUUAUUGUGUAUUUUUGUACAAUUGGGUCGCUAUUAAUUUUUCAUAACUCUAAACUAACUGACUAUAGACAACGAUAAGACUAAGACUUUCGAGUGCUGAAUAAUGAUGCUUCCAGCCCAAGUAUCUGAAUUGACCAAGGCAGAGGUAUGUGCGCAGUAGCUUUGCCGAAAUAGUUGUCCACGUAAUGUAAUAGCUUUAUACCACUUUGUUUCUAUCACUUAGCAAAUAGACUUGUUAUUUUGUGGUUUUUUCUAUCCGCAGCAUAACUUAACUCAAGAACAUGUACUUCGUUUUCUACGUAAUGAUCCUUCGAUGACCGGUACAGCUGAUAAACCUAUAAAAAAAUUAACAUGUGAAAUUGCUUCUUUGGGUCAUUAUCAUGCUAAACGUGUUUCCCAUUUGAGCUCGGAAUUAAUAAUGCAGUCAUUCUCAACACCAACGUUCAAUUCAGCAAAGUUGAAAGAAAAAGAUUUGCAACAAAAAGAUUUAAUACAAAAUGUUUUGCCCAAGCUUUUACUACCUCUACUCUCUAUAAAUAAAUAUUUGGAUUUCUUAGGUUAUUCAGCAGAUUUCGAUUUACGCCUUAAUUCCAAAUACAAUAAUGAUUUAUUACCGCUACAAUUAUGUUGGAAUGCUUGGUGGAAUAAAAUACCGAGGGAACCGAAAGCCUAAUUCUCACUUCUAAUUUAUCUCUCACGUAUCUCAAUGCAUAUAAAUAUGAACAAGACUGUUUAACCUUAUGGCAUUAGAUAGGCUGAGUCGGAAAUAUUGUAAAAAUCUUUGCUUGUAUUUCCUUGCCCAGUAUUUCCAGUUUACAUUUUGUAGGAAGAAGGAUUAUACAGAAGCCCUGCGAUUUAUUUUGUCUAUCUUCAUAACACUACUUAAUUUGAUAAUAAGUAAACAAUCUGGGUUUUCGAGAACUUCAUGUUAACAUUUGCAUCAGUAAUACAAAGUCCAAUAACAUUCAUUUACCAGAACACCUAGUUCUAUACAUUUGAUUUAUUUUUGCUGGUGUAUUUGACAAAAUUUGUCACGAUCGUACCCGAAAUAUUAAGGAAAAUUAAAGUGGUUUUUAAAUAUUAAAUCUCAUCUCAUUGAUCUUGCCACUCCAUAGUACUGCUUGACCAAAAUAAGUCCUAAAGACGGGUCAAUUUAACUGCAUAUCAGACACGUUAUCGAUGAAGAUCACCUCUUUUAAAAACAAGAUAAAAUGUGCAACGUACAUCUAAUUAUGAGUUAAUCGGCCCUGAGCUAAUUACUUUCCCAGUUAGUCUAACUAGGAAUAGUAAUUCUAUCGAAAGACUAUUCCACUCUAAACAACGCUGAAAAAAUUAGUCAUUACCGUGUAGGGUUCGUCGAUAUUGUCGAACUUCAUAGUUUGCAUUGGAGAUCCGUCGUGGUUAAACAACCACUGCUGCUCUGAAAUCUCAUUGUAUGUUUUAUUUAGCAUUUUAAAGACUUGCACAUAUGUUGCUUAUAACUGAAUGGUUCAAGAAGGACUGGAUACCAGUUGUGUUCCAAAGAUUGGGCGCUUGUCACAAAAACUGGUUGUGAUCCGCGAGACGAUACCAACCGAUGGUUAGAGACCUUGAAUGACAGCUCAAAAUUGUUUGCAAUGGCGCAGGUGCAUCCACUCUUUGUGGAUUCCCAAAUUCUAAUCUUCUGAAUUCUUCAUGUCCUUUGUUUUCUUUCCAAAUUUUUUCCACUGGAUUAUACUCCUUGAAUAACAUCUACAAACCCUAAUCUUUCCGAUUACUGCUCUUACUAUCUCUACCACUACGGGAUUCGAAUCGAUAACUGCAUCUCUGUGCUAAUGUGGUAUGGCAGCUCGAACUGAUGUACGUACGUACGAAGUUCCACGUUGUUACUGACUGACUACCACAAAACCUGGAGGUCUUGAGUUCAGUUUCAGUUAGGGUCAUUGAUCCACUCCUCUGAAGAGUCCCAUCCUUGGACGAGACUGUCGUUCGUUGAGACCUGAGUUUAUAUUGGUUUUCUAAGGCUAGUUACUGAAGCAAGCCAUGAGAAAAUUACUACUGUGAUUUGUUGUGUAUAUCGUUCUUCUAAGUGGAAAACAGUUAAGUACGUAAAAGUGCUCUACGCUUUACCGUUUAUUUGGAACUGAGGGGAAAUAACUACAUGAAGUGGGAUACUAACAUCGAUUAUGUUGUAAUGGGAAUACUUGCGGAAAUUGGUACUUCACAAACAAACUGGUCAUAGAUUAUGCAGCAAAGCUUGUAGAAAUUAAGACGAACUAUACUGCAUUAAGUUCAUGAACAGUGUCUGUAGAAGAAUUUAGAUCUAUGACAUACGGAUAUCUGAAAUACCAGGCAAAUUAUGACUAAAUGGAUUGAUAUGAUAGUAAUGUCCAAAAUGUCUCAGUCCUAGGUUUCAUAUUAGUUGGAACACUGCAAUCUUGAUGAAACCUUGAAAGGUGUAUCAAUUACUUCAGUAUUACACUACGGAUCAAACUUAACAUGGGUGUAGAAUGAUCACUGUGAUGACGAUGUAACGAAUUUGAUAAAUUCUAAGAUAACUGGAUUGAUGGUUCACCUAUGAAACCUUCGUUCAGUUCUUCACAUUCGUAAACUUCCGUAGAUUCUCUUAAGCUGCUUACAACCCCGAAACUGUUAUUCCUUAAAACAAAACAAGUGUACAUCAUGUAUUUGGAGACAUCUUUAAUGGGACUGACUAACAAAAUGAUCCCAAUAGAUGAAACCACUAGGCAAAUGUCUGCAUAUACUGUUAGAGAGCAAAGACGGUCACUUUUUUGUAUACAAGAUAGUAUAAAUUUUUAAACAAUAAUGAAGAAUAGACCUCACAGAACAACCAAUGGUCUUUCAAUUUAGUCCACCAAUCAAGGAGAAGAGUAUUUUCCACAUAUGCUGUUGACUAAACUUCACAUUUUCGGAUGAUCAUAAUCAGAUUGUGUUUUCCUAAUACAAUACGUUUUACGAUGACCAAAAUAACUACCUUAACUGUGUUGAUAGUCUAUUCCCAAUGUUGUAUUCCUCCAGCGAACAAUACAUUUGAAAUGAGUACCACAUCAGUUACUAUCUGGUGGCUAAUUCACAUAAGAUAAUCACAAUCGAAACUAUUCAAUCGUGGGAAUGUAACCAAAAUAGAUUAGAUUAUUAGCUAUUUAUAUGACAGUCUAACAUUAUAUGUCAUAUUGACUACUGGUCCGGUCUCGUGGGACCGAAAGAACACUUCUCACAAAUGUACUGUGAAUGAAGAACGUAGUCAACACCGGAUUACGAGAUGCUGUUUUCAUUUUUUGUGUAAAGUACGUUCAUAAAUUUCAGAUACACCAAAAGUCAUCAAUCUCUAAAAGUAAAGCGUUCGAAAUGUAUACAAUAGUGAUUAGGGAAAUAAUUUGUGACAUUUUUUAUUCUACUUUAAGCUCAUCAGCUAGAUGUAUAUCCACUGCGAAGCUCAGACCCAGUGCUCGUUCAUCCAAACGCUAAAUCGUUAUACAUGUAAUUGAAGCCUAUUAUUGUGUAACUGGAAACCAGUUGUCAUACAAACCUUCCGAUUCCCACUUUGCGGAUAGAGAAUAAUUAUCAGUCUGUCAGGGAAGAAUUCAGUAAUAAAGUUAUCCUUGGUAGUAUGUUUUUAUUCUUGAGAUAUUAUAAGAUUGGUCUUCAACGACAAUUUAUGGACUAAUGAGUUGUGAAUCGACCAAAUUUGAACAAUAAAUUAAUGUUGAGUAAAAUAAUAAAAAAACAAUUAUUGAAAUAUGUCGAUAAUUCAGUUUUGAUGCGGAAUAGAUUUUGGUCUAUCCGUCUCUUUUUAUUGAGCUAUACACUGUGGUGUGUGGUUUCGCCGAAAUAGCGGGUUUAUAUCUUGGCUGGUUAGCGUGUACAAAUGUUAACCAGUAAAAAUAUCACUCAAGCAGUAAAAGGUUUUUUGCUGAUCUUUGAAAAUCAUGGUUACACCUGGAAAUAUCGGCGGUUGGGAAGUUAUGUAACUCGAUAAAAUGGGAUCUAGUGUUCAGCUCAUUAAUAAUCUGAGAUUAAUGUAAAACCAACAAUACUACAAUAAAAAACGGUAGACAACAGGUUGAAGUUCGAACGUUUUUUAUCGAAAGUAACAAAUAUGAAGUCAUGUCAGGUAUGUAGUUGUUAGCGGGACAUAGAUUGGGUCAAAGCACGUUCCAUGCACGGCUGAGUUGGUGCAUGCCAAUUGGCUAAUUCUUGACCAAUCAGUGCUAGUCUAUACUCGGAGAACAAUCUGGAAUCUCCUCAUGUAAAAACUAUAAGUGUACUAACGUUCUUAUUGUCCUUCUUACUUCAAUCUAACACAGUUAUUUGGAAUAUAAUUCCUCUCCUGCUCAACCGUGUUCUGAUUUGGGGACUUGUCUUGUGAAUUGGUGUCCAAGAAUACUAAGCGAUAGGAAUAGCUGGGUCGUAAUAAGAGGAAAUUGUAACAGUAGUAUUAAAACAAUAUUUAGAAUAACAUCAGAUAAUCAUAUGACUGAUAACAAAAAUUCAAAUAUGAUUUCGAAGACAUUGUCCAUUUCGAUUUAGUCACUCAUUGCCCGACAUCAUAUUUUUUAUUAUAUAUUUUAUUUGAACACAAAUAUCGUCCAAGACGACGAUGGAUGUAAGUGAUUAUUUAUUUAUUAUUAUUUGAACACAAAUAUUGGUACAAAAGGGCACCAAAUAUAUAUGCGCCACAAAAAACAAUGAGAAUUCAAAGAGAAAAAAACAACAAACAGAUCAGUGUAAGGUAGUGUAAUAAUAAUAGUAAUAAUAAUGGGGGAAACGGAGAGAUAUAAUCAGUAGAAAUCUUUCAGUUAAGGAAGAAACAACCAUUUUUUACGAAGAAAGUAAAAGGUUACUGCAGGAUCGCCAUUGGCUUCUAUUCUGAGCCAUAUCUGAUAACGUCUCUAGCCACUGUAUUGCGCCAUCUCUAGGACCCUGACCAGGGAGUCGUGAAGGACCAACACAAGCCAUCCCUUUGCAGCUUUCUUUCAUACCACGACAUCAUGUCAUACACUGACCACCUCUCCGCUUUUUCCAAUCAAUCCCAGCGUCGGCAAAUAACGCACGACAUGGAAUUCCCUGGGAAGACAUUCGUAGAACGUGUCCAAGCCACCGAAGUCAGUGUUUCAAGAUAGUGACACCAAUUGCAUUAUCACCUCUGUGCCCGAACACACGAUCCCGAACCUCUGCAUUACUAGCAUGGUGUUGCCAUCGGAUGUCAGCAAUCCUUCGGAGAAAACGAUAAUCGAACACAGAGAGUCGUCUAACAUCCUCAAAUCGGAGAGACCAGGUUUCACAAGCAUAG